AUGGGCACCUUUCAAGCCAACCACAUGGGAAACCUCAUCUUUCCGAACGCACCGCCCCACAGCAUGCUUGUUAAUCCACACAUGGCCGGCUCGGCAAGACACAUGGCACCCCAGGCCCAGGCACCACUUCCGUUCAUCGCCCCAAGGCCGCCGAUGGCGUCCGACAUUCCUCCGGGUGGAAUGCCGCAUCACCUCCAGCAUCACAUGCAUCAGCAGCCAAUACAAAUGCAGGGGCUUCCGCUCCAUGCGGAACAACUUUACCACCAAGGGCAGCCGAUACCAUUACACCCUCAUCAGGUGCCGUACAUGCCACUGAGCCCGCAAAAUCCUCAUGUGGAUCCAGCUGCCUUCCAACAUCAAACAUGGCAGCAACCACGCCAAGAGACAGUGAACCUCAACAGCUUCAACCAGCCACCUUUGAUAUCGCCUGUGGGCUAUGAGUCAAUUCCAACCACGGCCGAAGCGUCUACGGCACACGUUCCGAUCAACCCGGCACAAUGGCCCAGUGGAGACCAUGUUACCGAUGUCACUAGUAUUCCUGUGUCCCAUGAAGACGUUCGGACGUUUGUCAACGAGGAAGGGAAGCCAGCCAGGUUUAUUUAUGAUGAAGAAACUGCGUACUGGUACCCCGACGAUGACGCAUCCAUGGCGGCAUCCGAAGACGAGGAAGGAGAGUCUGAGGACGAGGCGCAACACCUGGAAUCCAACGACCUCGGUGCUAUUGUUGCAAGGCGUUUGCACAAUCGUCCAAUUGAUGCCUUUGGCACCCAUAUGCGAACGUUUUCAAACUUUGCAGACGCCAACGUACUGGCAACUUACAUUCCAUCUUCAAUUAACUCGCCUCUCAAUGACGCACAAACCGCUUCGGUUUUCUGGUACUUUGUCAACGUCACCGGUCCCAGCAUGUCGCUUUUUGAACGCCGUCCAGUCGACCCAACGCCCAUCUUUCAAGGCCAACCUGUGCCCCGGUCUCGACAGCACAUCUGGACCUAUGGCAAGACUCCAAGGCGCGCCGCAUACGGCCUCGAUGAAGCACUAUCAUUUGAGCUUGCGGAGAAUCGCGCGGAACUGCGGGAGCCCAUCUCGCCGCGUACAGCCCGCGACUUUGGCCGCCACAAUGCUUCUUGGGUUCUAUGA